UCUAUUGAUCAGUUGAGUUUGUGUUGUCGAAAAAAUUCAAAGAGUUUCAGAGUAGGCAUUAUAUCCUAGAGAUAUAGGAAAUUACUGUUUUAAUUUCAUUUAAAUUCUCUUCCACGGUUUUACUGCAUUUGAUUAUUGUUGCUAUUUUGCAUCAAUGGCGUACUUCACCACUACUAUGGUCAUGAUUUGGUUAGCCGGCAUUUUAUGCCGAGGAGGAUGCCAACAAAUAACACAGCCUCCUAAUGCAAUAGUAGCAUUAGAUGGAUCAGGCAAUUAUACGACAAUAAUGGCUGCAGUCUCGGCAGCUCCAAACAAUAGCAUUGCAAAAUACUACAUCCAAAUAAAAGAAGGAACCUACAACGAGUAUGUUCAAAUCGAAGAAUGGAAAAUAAAUAUAGUUCUCAUCGGAGACGGAAUGGACAAAACCAUAAUAUCAGGGAAUAAAAGCUAUGGAGGUGGCAUCCGGACAUAUGACAGUGCUACCGUAGGGGUGAAUGGGCAAGGAUUCAUGGCGCAAGACAUCACUUUUCGAAACAUUGCUGGAGCUCAGAUGCAACAGGCAGUAGCUUUAAGAGCAACUGCUGAAUUAUGCACCUUGUAUAGGUGUAAAUUCGACAGUUUUCAGGACACCUUAUACGCACACUUUGGCAAGCAGUUCUACAGGGAGUGCACAAUUUUGGGCACCAUUGACUUUAUAUGUGGCGAUGCUGCUGCGGUGUUCCAGAAUUGUUUAAUUGAAGCACGUAUGCCACUUCCUGGCCAAUAUAUUACCAUCACAGCACAAUAGAAAAAUAUUGAGAAUGAAGCAACGGGACUACUCGUGUUGCAAAAUUGCACGUUAAAAUUAGCAACUCCAAAUGCGGGUAAUGUGACUAUGUAUUUAGGGCGACCAUGGGGUGACUUUUCAAGUACUGUGAUCAUGCAGAGUUACAUAGACCUAUUGAUAAAUCCAAAAGGCUGGAUAGAGUUUCAGGGAGAGCCCCUAGUUCGCCCAUUCUAUAUGGAAUUCAAAAAUAGAGGACCCGGUGCAAACACAACUGGACGUGUGACGUGGGCGCGUGUCACUAAUGAUCCUAAUGUCGCAUCAUGUUUCACUGUCAGGAAUUUUAUCCAGGGUGAUAAAUGGAUACCCUCCACAGUCCCACAUUACUUAGAUCUGCUAUGAAUGCAAAUGAUACUGUAAUCCACGAUUUCUGCUAGUUAUAGCAGUAUAGUAUUUGUUAGUAGUAUUAAUAUGGCUUGCAAUUUUUUCCUCAGCAAAAUAUGUAGUAAAAUGUUAAAGACUCAUGUUUUUCAUAACGU